AUGAAGCACCAGCUUGGUUGUUGUGCAUUCAACGCCUCAGAAAUAUUUUCAUCAAAUCUCGACGCUGGCACCUAUAUGGCCACUAGCUAUUUUUAUGGCUAUUUAAAGAUUGUGCUUCCAGCAAGGGGAGGAAUCGAAAGAGCUGGAAUUUUCACUGCACUGGAGGAGUACGAGGCCACACAUUCUAUAAAAAUUCCAGUAAAAAAGUUAUUUAUACUUAUUCCAUCUUCGACUUACAUACCAGCAGAUUUGAAAGAAAUUUCCGAUAACUGGAUGGAAUCCAAGGGGUUGUUGAAUACCAUAACUCUCGACAGGGCAGGUGUAAUCAAUCGCACCUACCACAAUACCAUUUACCAAAUUCAUUCAGAAGGACCUAAUGUAACGAGUCUAAGUUCCAAAUCCGUUUAUCUUGCCGUUGAAGGGGCUACCCCUUUAAAGACAUUCUUGGAAGUGCAGGAUCAAUCGCACAGAUAUGCUCCUGUGUAUAUAAAAUACAAGAAACAGAUAAUACAAAAUUUUUACGAGGCUCUGCAAAAUCUACUUAAUGACAAUCCUGACUGUAAAGAUUAUGUUGAGCUGGUUUAUUACAAAGAUAUCGUUGACAAUAAACGUGUUAAUGUAGCACAUAUACUAUUGGAAACAAUUGCGAAAAUUCAAAAACUUUAA